AGCAGCCGAGAACGCACCAAGUCCCGUCCCACAUCCCCGCGUCACCCACCGGCGUCCCGAACACGGACAAGAUGCUGCUGCUCGGGACCGUGCUUGCUCUUUUCUUCUCAGGUGUGUUGCAAGCCUCAACACCCAUCUUCCCCUUCCCUCCCUCCCCCAUUGACUGUGUUGAAGCUCAUCGGGUGUGCUCCGCUGACCUCCGGUGCGAGGCCUUGUACCGGGGCUUGGAGCUGUGUGCGGCCGACGCAGCGGUGUCCCCGCUGGGGGAGCAGGCGGCCACCGAGUGCCUGGAGAGACAGGACGCUCUGCUGGCUAAACACCCCGCCCUGCUGUCCUGCAAGUGCCAGCGUGGCUUCCGCAGGGAAGAGCAGUGCCUGCGCAUAUAUUGGAGGGUUCGCCUGCUGCCAGGGGAGGAUGAGCUGGAAAUAUCUCCCUAUGAUGACACACUAAUGGAUACUCGCAUGGCGUCCUUAGUGGCAGCCUCAUCUUUCAUGCAGCUGGAUGGUGAGAACCAAUGCCUGAAGGCAGCACAGGACUGCGGCCUGUAUGAGAAGUGUGGUUCUCUGCGAUCAGAAUACGUCCUGGCCUGCACCAAGCGGGUGCCCGGGACCAACCGAUGCAACCAGCACAAGUGCCACCGGGCCCUGCGGCGCUUCCUGGAGCGGGUGCCGGAGGAGUACAGCCUGGGUGUCCUGUUCUGUCCCUGCACCAACACCCUGUGUGGUGAAAGGAGGAGGAAAACCAUCGUACCCUCCUGCUCCUACCAGGAGAUGGAGGGUAUUCAACCGAACUGCCUCCACCAGCAGAGCUUCUGCCGCCGAGACGACCUCUGCAGGUCCAGACUGGCUGAUUUUCUUAAUAACUGCCAGCCAUCUCCUCUGACGGCCAGUGGCUGUCUGAAAGACUCAGCAGGCCUGUGCCUCCGAGCCUACGCUGGACUGAUCGGUACCAUCAUGACGCCCAACUACAUCAGUAACAGCUCUGCAGAUGUGUCGCUGUGGUGCAACUGUGAAGGCAGUGGAAACCAGUGGCAGGACUGUCUGAGACUGCAGCGCAUGUUCACCCACAACACCUGUCUGCGUAACUCUAUCAGUUGGAUGGGGAGCCCCGGCUCCCUGCCUGCAGACAUCACCCCCCCUCCUGCUCCCAGACCCUCCCCGCUAGUUCAGGAGGAUGAGCUGCUGAGCAACAACCACCUGCCUGAACACAACAACAUCGUGGUGGAGAGCGAAGAAGAGGAGGAACUGACGCAGGCAGAGGAAGAGGGUGAUGAUGGUGGCCAGUUUGACGUCAUCCCGCUGUACUCAGAGAGGGCCACUGUCUCCAACCUGGGCUCCUCCGGCACAGGGGGGGCUGCCUCCUUCACCGCUGGCCCUCCUAAACCCAUGCUACUGCUCCUCCUGCUCCUGUCUGCCUCCCUCAGCUGGGGGUAG